AUUCUUCUUCAGCUAUACCCACAUUCUAUUCCAUCUUUGUUUAGCAUAUUUCGGUAGUUCGCACAAACCCUCUUCCAUCAUGAUCGCCAUAGGAAAUAUAAAUCCAUGAUGUUCUUGUUCUUCUAGUACUUCACUUACCACUGAUGUCAUCAGCAUUUCUAACCGAGUAAUACAGUAUGGUUUUGGUAGCACUUAUCACAGGAGGAACCAGUGGCAUCGGCCUCGAUGUCGCUCAACAACUUGACCUCACCGGCCUCUGGAAAGUUCACAUCAUUGGUAGCAACUUGGAACGCGGCAAAGCGGCCGUUGUGUCGCUUAAAAAUACCACAUUUCACCAGGCUGAUGUGACAAAGUACGAGCAGCAGGGCAAUACGUUUCAGAAGAUCUUCAACGAGGAGAAGAGAUUAGACUUUGUCUUUGCGAAUGCCGGCGUCGCCGAAGACACGGUCUUCUUCUCCAAGCAUGAAACAGGAAUCCCGCCACGGCCUGAUAUUGCUGGACUAACGGAUAUUAACUUGACUGGUGCCAUCUAUACAAGUUACCUCGCCAUGCACUAUUUUCGCCGAUCGCCGGAGGUGACGAUGGGGAAGAGGAACCUGAUUAUCACGUCGAGCAUCGGUGGGUUAUAUCCAUGCAUGCAUACGCCGGUAUAUUCAGCGACAAAACAUGCUUUGGUUGGGUUUACACGCUCGAUCGGUAAACAAUUGUGGAACGAAGGCGUGAAAGUGAACGCGAUCUGCCCAGGAGUAGUCAUCACACCCUUGAUUACACCAGAGCUGAAGGCGUACUUCUCGGAGAAGAUCCUGAUCACUACAAAUGAUGUGACCAACGUGAUCUUCAAGCUAAUCUCGCAAGACGACGUGACAGACUCAAAGGGGACGUUUGUCUCGCGCGAUCAGCUUCAUUCGCAAGCAAUCCUAGUGUCCGGGGAGAAGUACUACUGUGUCGACAUGCCAGAAUAUUUUGAUGAGGAGACGCAACUAACUCAUCAGCAAAUGAUGGGUUGA